GAGCAACCUCCGCACGGCUUGAUCUACGGGCUGCGAAUCAAUCUAGGAUUGGUUUUGCACCCAGCACGUCAGCACCGGAGUGAUCAUUGUGGAUUAAGCAACGUUCAGAGCAGCAGUGCAGUGUUCAACCUGCAGCAUCUAACCUGCCUGCAGAACACGCCGAGGUCGGGACACGCCGAAGUCGGUCCAAGGACGAUAACACUAUAAUGAGCGAGAACGAUGAUGAAACCGUCGGCGGCAGAAUAAUGGAGGACGCCGUCAGAAUAAUGGGUGACACCGUCGGCACGGAAGGCUUCACACCCAACUGCUGCGUUUUAAGCUGGCGGCUGCGCCUCGGCUACGCGGAGUUAUAUGCCACCCUCGCGCCGAACAAUAUCAACGCCGUCAUAACUCGGGCGCGCGGCACGCAGCCGGCGUGCACUACUGUCGAUGAAUUGAUCGAGCGCUGCCGCGAGAUCUCGAAGCCAUUGCUGGGCAAGGGCGAUUUCGAAAGCGUCAUCCAAGCGCUGAUGGCGAAGCUGCCCUUCGACGAUCCUGACGUCGACGCGCAUGCCCAAGAGGUACUCAUGACGGCGAUCACGCAGUUCUACCCGGAAUUCGUGCUGGGCCUAGGCGAUGAAGCGACCACUCUGUUGCCGAGCGGCGGCGGCGAUGCGGCGGCCUUCGCGGAGAGGAUGAUGCCGGACGUCACGAACCUCAUCAUGCGCCCGAUGGCGCGGGGGAUUGAAUUACCCGAGCGGCUGCGUGGUGGAACGUUCAUGACCGCCGUCGCGACGCUACAAGGCAAGCUCCUGGCUGAGCCGUCGCUGGCGCCGUUCACUCUGCGCGCCGAGGCCCGCGCGCUCGCGCGGAGGGCUCUCUGGUGGUAUUACUCUGCACCCGACGAUUUGACCGAGAAGAACGCGAUCAGCGCGGCGCGCGACGCGAUCCAGGAGCGGAUCCAGCGCGAGCAGCUGGACCGGCACAAAUUUACAUAUAAGGUUAUCCUCGAGCAGCCCGCCGACAAGACGAGCCUGCGCGACGCAUACGCGCCGUUUGUCGCCGACGAUGUGCCUUGGGAAUGCCUAGAGCAAAACCUGGUGCCACCAGCCGCGUCGCAACAGGACGCCCUCCGACGCGAAGAUCUCCUCGUGCACAUUGCUGGACACGCGGACACGGCAAUGGCCCUGAGCGCGCGCAUCCGCGCCAUCGCGCGCUCGCUCCAUCCCGCGAAGCGCCUCUGUUGGUUUAUGAGCACGGUCCAGUACUCGCACAACGCCAUCGAGGACGUGCGCCUGGGCGUGGGCGAGGAAGGCGACUUCGCCACGUUCGAGUCGUGGGCCCAAGAGCUCGAAAUUGUCCUAAGGGCCAGCCGCUCCGCACUCGAGAUCUGCGCGGCGGCGUCGCAUCUCGGGGCGAAGGGCUUUAUCCGCCGCAGUACGGCGACUUGGCCGUGGAGUAUGCUUUUGCAGUUGUUUUCGGAGGAGGACGUCGAUGAUAUCUUUGGAGGGGCGGAUGCGAUGCAUGCUCUCAUGCGCGACCCCGUCUUCGGCCACAGCGCCUCUUCGUGGCUCGGUGAAUCGGACGCGCCGUCGCUCUCGGACGAGGCGAAGCGCCGGCGCGCCGAUGACCCCGCGGCGGGGACCCGGCUGAUGGAGUGGGCGUGUGGCCUGCGAGCCCUCUUCUCCGUGCCGGUAUACGCUGCGUUCGCCGAGUCGCACGACUAUGUGAAGCGGGUGCUGGGCCUCGAGAACGUCCAGUGCGCCUCCGAGCACGUGGACGAUUCUUAUAUUGCGACGCGGCCCUGGGAUGAGGUCCUGGCCAUGACGGCGUACGAUGGUGGGGGCAAGGGGUUAUCCUUUCUGGAUGUCGCGGUAGAAGCGUGCUCGCGCGUUGCCAACGGACGAGUUUCGUGCGUGCACCUGACCUAUGCUACGACUGACGAACGCUACCUCAAGGGGCGGGUCCUCGCUCCUGUUGUGGCGGCCCGUGAUCUUUGCUGUGUGUGCCUAGAAACGACGCCCCUCGACGCCUGCCUGAAGCCGUGUCGCCACAAAGUGUGCGGCGCGUGCGCCCGGAAACUAGGAAAAUGUCCGCUUUGCCGCGAGCGCGUCGUUGAAAUUGAAAUGCAGGACGAGACCACGACCAGUGACCUCGCCGAGGCCAUCCGAGACGAUGAUUAUCUCAAGGGUAUGAUGAACCGCCAAAUGAACGGACUGACCGCGCUGCGAGCGGUCGCGCGGCUGCCGCGAUGCGCUCGACAGGCGCCGCCGACGGCGCCAGUGUUUGCGACGGGCGCGCCCGAAGGUCUCGCCGCCGCGACGCAUUGCGCGGUCACGAUGAAUCUUGAAGGGGGACGAAAGGUUACGUAUUGGGGGGCGUGCGAUGACGUGGAAGCGAUGGACCGCCCAGGGCCGAGCCGUACUCCCUUCUCAGUGGUAGCUGUGACGGACGUCGACGGCGCGGGUCGCCGGGAGUGCAGCGCGAUGGGCUGCCCGAAUCGCCAAGGCGGCGACGGACUGAGUCCGUUCUCGCGCUGCGGUCGGUGCCGCAUUUCGACCUACUGUUCCCAAGAAUGUCAGAGGCGCGACUGGAAGCAUCAGCACAGAGACCAGUGCCCGAGGUUCUGUGCGCUACCGCGUGGCCCGGCGGCGGCGGCGACUGCUGCCGGUGGGGCCUAAUAAUUCGAUUUCUUA